AUGGCAAGCCCCGGCUCCGGCUUCUGGCCCUUCGGAGCCGAGGAGGGCUCCGCAGCCGCUGAGACCCCCGGCACAGCCAGAGCUUGGUGUCAAGUUGCCCAGAAGUUCACGGGAGGGAUAGGAAACAAACUCUGCGCCCUGCUCUACGGAGAUGCCGAGAAACCCGUGGAUACCGCCGCCAGGGCAGCGGCACCGGGGGUAGCGGAGCCGAGGCCGACCUGCACCUGCGACAAAAAACCCUGCGGUUGCCAAAAAGCCGACGUGAAUUACGCCUUUCUGCACUCAACAGAUCUUCUGCCGACAUGCAAUGGAGAAAUAGCUACUAUGUCUUUCCUACAAGACGUUGUGGACAUUUUACUUCAGUAUGUGGUGAAAAGUUUUGAUAGAUCAACAAAAGUUAUUGAUUUCCAUUACCCAAAUGAGCUGCUCCAGGAAUAUAACUGGGAACUAGCAGACCAGCCACAGACCUUGGAAGAAAUUCUAUUGAACUGCAGAACAACUCUGAAGUAUGCAAUUAAAACAGGGCACCCUAGAUAUUUUAAUCAACUUUCAACUGGAUUGGACAUGGUUGGAUUGGCAGCAGACUGGCUGACAUCAGCAGCAAAUACUAAUAUGUUCACCUAUGAAAUUGCUCCAGUGUUUGUACUUUUGGAAUAUGUCACACUAAGGAAAAUGAGAGAGAUGGUUGGCUGGCCAGGGGGCUGUGGCGAUGGGAUAUUUUCACCUGGUGGUGCCAUAUCUAACAUGUAUGCUAUGUUGAUUGCACGUUUCAAGAUGUUCCCAGAAGUUAAAGAAAAAGGAAUGGCAGCUAUUCCCAGACUGGUUGCCUUCACAUCAGAACAUAGUCACUUUUCUGUGAAGAAGGGAGCUGCGGCCUUGGGUAUUGGUACAGAUAGUGUGAUUUUGAUUAGAUGUGAUGAAAGAGGGAAAAUGAUCCCAUCAGACCUUGAAAGAAGAAUUGUUGAAGCCAAACAAAAAGGAUUUGUUCCUUUUCUGGUGAGUGCCACAGCUGGGACAACAGUGUAUGGGGCAUUUGAUCCUCUCAUAGCUAUUGCAGACAUAUGCAAGAAAUACAAAAUCUGGAUGCACGUGGAUGGAGCAUGGGGUGGUGGGCUCCUGAUGUCAAGGAAACACAAAUGGAAGUUAAAUGGCAUUGAAAGGGCUAACUCAGUAACCUGGAACCCCCACAAGAUGAUGGGCGUCCCACUUCAGUGUUCAGCCCUGCUAGUAAGAGAAGAGGGAUUGAUGCAGAGUUGCAAUCAAAUGCAUGCUUCCUACCUCUUUCAACAAGACAAGCACUACGACCUGUCCUACGACACGGGAGACAAGGCUUUGCAGUGUGGGAGGCAUGUUGAUGUCUUCAAGCUAUGGUUGAUGUGGAGGGCAAAGGGAACCACAGGAUUUGAAGCACAAAUUGAUAAGUGCUUGGAACUUGCUGAAUACCUAUACAAUAAAAUAAAAAACAGAGAAGGGUAUGAAAUGGUGUUUGAUGGAAAGCCUCAGCACACAAAUGUCUGCUUCUGGUACAUACCUCCCAGCUUGCGUGGCAUGGAGGACAGCGAAGAGAGAACGAGCCGCCUGAUGAAGGUGGCACCAGUGAUAAAAGCCAGGAUGAUGGAGUAUGGCACAACCAUGGUGAGCUAUCAGCCCCUGGGAGACAAAGUGAACUUCUUCCGCAUGGUCAUCUCCAACCCUGCGGCCACUCACCAAGACAUUGAUUUCCUGAUUGAUGAAAUAGAACGCCUGGGACAAGAUUUAUAA